AGGUUUGUACAAGAAAUCUGGAAAACUUGUGUUCCUGGGCUUGGAUAACGCAGGCAAAACCACUCUGCUGCACAUGCUGAAAGACGACAGGCUGGGUCAGCAUGUCCCGACACUACAUCCCACAUCAGAGGAGCUGACGAUUGCUGGAAUGACCUUUACGACUUUUGAUCUGGGUGGACACGAACAAGCUCGCCGGGUCUGGAAGAACUACCUGCCGGCCAUCAACGGGAUCGUCUUCCUGGUGGACUGCGCAGAUCACUCGCGUCUUAUGGAAUCCAAAGUUGAACUUAACGCGCUAAUGACAGAUGAAACAAUAUCCAACGUGCCAAUCCUUAUCUUGGGUAACAAAAUCGACAGACCGGAGGCCAUCAGUGAGGAGAAACUGCGGGAGAUCUUUGGGCUCUACGGACAGACCACCGGCAAGGGAAACGUGCCACUGAAAGACCUGAACGCGCGUCCCAUGGAGGUGUUCAUGUGCAGCGUGCUGAAGAGGCAAGGCUAUGGCGAAGGCUUCCGUUGGCUAUCGCAGUACAUUGACUGAUACUUGGACGGACACGAGAGUUUUACUCCUCUGGACUGAUCCUGUUCGCAGCUUCCUAUGGACUUUUCUAUUAGAACACGGAAGGCUUUCCAACCGCAUACCGGCAUUGACAAGAGACUCCUGGUUUUCGGCUGCCCUAUCGCACAGUGGUGACACCACUCUUUUCCACGUGACGGGGAGACGGCACCGUUCCGCACGCGGGUGCGAGUUGUCCCUUUCCGUUCGGUUACAGCGGGGCUGGUGUGGUCUGGGAAGUAAAACUCUGCACGCUGCACUGUAACGGCUGAAAAAGAGAGCACGUCUCACCACUGUGGUUAAUCGACUUAAAAAGAAGAAAAAGCAAUUAUAUUUUUUAAAGAAAGUGUUAAUGUAAACAGCGUCCCUUCUAACUUUUUAGUUUAACAUUCAUCUUGUUUAGUCCAGAGUCCGGUUAGGGUUUUUUAAAAAUAUAUUUAACAAUAUUUAGAUAUUUCACAAAUUACUGAACCAAGGUAUCACGGUAUUAGAAGUCCUCAAUAAACAUAGCAUUUGGGCUUAAC